ACAGGAGGAGUGAGUGGGUGUGUGAGAGAGAUGACACAGAGUGAGGGAGGCACCGGCCAGAUCUGUCUGAAGCUUUGAAAAGAAGGAGGCAACAGAAAGACACAAAUGAGCUGAGAGACUGGGCUACUUUUUUUUUUUGGUCUUCCUUCUGCACAACAGCUUUGCCAAGAUUUCUCCUGCUGAGUGAUCUGGAUAAUCCAAGAGCAGCAAAUAACUUCCUCUUCAGAGCACGUUCUUCUCCCAGCAGAAAUGGAAUUUAGCAGUGAUACCGACAACAACUCAGUCAUCUACGAAUGUGACUACGAUGACUGGAGUUCUUCCAAGAUUCUCAUUCCUUCAAUCUAUUUGCUUUCUUUCUUUCUGGGCACCACUGGCAAUGGCUUGGUGCUAUGGACCAUUUUCCGGGGAGGACAAGAAAAGCGACGCUCAGCAGAUACAUUCAUUGUAAACCUGGCAAUAGCUGACCUGACCUUUGUGGUCACUUUGCCACUAUGGGCUACCUAUGUGGUCCUGGACUACCACUGGUCUUUUGGCUCUUUUGCCUGCAAACUGAGCAGCUACCUGGUCUUUGUCAAUAUGUAUGCCAGUGUCUUCUGCCUCACAGGGCUCAGCUUUGACCGCUACUUGGCUAUUGUUCGCCCUAUAGCCAAUGCCAAGCUCAGGUCAAAGGCUAGUGGACUUCUAAUGACCAUUAUGCUCUGGACCAUGGCGGCUCUCUUGGCCUUGCCAGCCAUGAUUUUCCGGAGGACUGGAGUACUCAAUGGGAAUGACAAAGUGACAUGUUUCAUGGAUUAUUCAAGUGUGGCAACCAACAAGACUGAGGCAGCCUGGGAAGCAGGGCUUGGCUUGUCCUCUACCCUGAUGGGAUUUGUGGUCCCCUUUGCCAUCAUACUGACUUGCUACUUCUUCAUUGCCCGUACAAUUGCCGGUCACUUCCGAAAGGGGCGCAGUGAAGGGCUGAGGAAGCGAAAGCGCCUGCUGACCAUUAUCAUUGUGCUUGUGGCCACUUUUGCCAUCUGCUGGCUCCCCUUCCACCUGGUGAAAACCAUCUACAUGCUUAUGGACUGGGAGGUGAUGCCCUUGUCCUGCAGCUUCCAUGCCUUUCUGAGCAAUCUCCACCCAUACUGCAGCUGCUUGGCCUAUGUCAACAGCUGCCUCAAUCCUUUCCUCUAUGCCUUCUUCGAUCCCCGUUUCCGACAGGCUUGUGCGGCUGUCCUCUGCUGCACAUCAGGGCAUUUGGCUGGAGCUGCAGGAGACAAGUCAGCCAGCUAUUCAUCUGGUCACAGCCCGAACCAUCUAGGGAAGCACAUGGAACCAGAGCGUGAGAAACAGUGUCCUGACAGCCAAGAGACUUUGCUUCAUGGGUAAAAAUGGAACAGUGUCAGGCAGCCAUGAUGGACUUUGCAUAUAAUGAGCCUUUCUCUCCCUCUCUCUCUCCGCCUCUCUCUCUCUCCGCCUCUCCCUCUGCCUCCUUUUUAUUUUGUUCCCUUGCAUCAUUCUAUCAUCUGAUUCUCUUUCUUUUCCUAAUGCUGCAUUUUUUAUUUGGUAAGUUUGUUUUAACUGGCAUAAUAUUCAUCCCUUCCUGCUGUAAUUCUGCUUGGUUAUCCACUGUAACAAUAUCUAUGUUAUAUAAGGGAUUAUUCUAGGAGGGGAAAAAAGUAUCUCAUUCUGUUCUGGAACACAAUACCGCAUGCACAGCUGGUGGUUCUUCUAAUGCAACUUACAUGGACUUUCUAGAUGAACUUGUAGAGGCUUGUGCUGGUUAUUUGUCAACCUGAGCUUUGAAGCAUUUUGAAAACUUCCAGUAGGUUUCUGAAAUGUUCAGUGAAACAGCAGUCUUAUGCACAAAGUCCCAUGAAAUUGGGCGGGUUCAUUUUCAAGGGAAUGCAGGUGGGAGCUUGCUGCACAUCUGGUCCAUUUAUAGCCUUCUCUGGUGUUUCAAGCCAGCUCUGAUCAAGGUUCCUCUUUAAAAAAUGCUUCUAUCUUACACCCCUGGGCUUCUUUCUUUUUCUUACCAGUCACUUUGAGGCAUGGUUCCUUGGCAACUUGGCAAUUCCUUCAUUUUCCUUGUCCUAUGGGAAGAAAUGAUUGCAGCUCCAGAAAUGUCGAGUUUUAAUAUUCACCAUGAUGGAGGACUGGCGCAAUGGACAGAAAACUUUAGCCUGCAAGCCUAUUUCUUCCUACAUAUGAAGCCAGCUUCUUCAAACAGAUAACCACUGUACUUUAAUUGCUUCUUUCCUCCACUUCUUUCCUGUUAAGUAAAGGACUCAUCUCAGUUCAAAACUUUUUUAAAAAAAAAUACAUGAAUGGUUCAGUAGCAAAAUCUAGCUUUAUUUUCAAUUGCUUUUUCUUUCUUUUUCUUCUGACAAUUCAGAGGGAGCUGGUUUCUCUCAGAAUAAAAAGGCAUGUGUAAUGUUCCUUCUGUUUAAUACACAAUCUAAAGAGAGGUUGGGAAAUGGUAUUAUGCUUCCAUUGGUAAAAAAAGGGUUUUCCUUGUAAGGAUUAGGUCCAAAACUCAACUUGCCCAUACUUUAUUCAUGUUAUUCAAUAGUUUUAUGUACUAAGUCAUGCAGCAGUGACUUUCAAUGUUUUCACUGAAUUGAUCUACUGAUUAAGAAUGUUUAUAUAUAGUUUUUAAAAGUGCAUCCUUUAUUAUCACUAACUAAGGGGCAGUGUAAAACUGAACAAGAAGUUGAAUGCUAUUAUAUUGCAUUAUAUUGUAUAGACUCAUGAUUUUUUUAAAAAAUCAGAAAUCUUUUUUAAUGUAAAUUUUUUGCUGCAAUUAAAUUUGCAAGGAAGUGCUUCAGACUGGAAAAUGGCUUUGAACAAUAAAAUAUUCUGCCUGAAUUAAAAAAAAACCCAAUUAGGAUUUUCACAUACAUUCAUUUUGUCCUAUUAUUAUUA